AUGGGGGGAAGUGAAAGUCUUGUCAUUGUUGGUGCUUUUCAUACCUUAUCAUCUAUGCUUAUCGACAUCAUCGGUGCUUUUCGAUUCUAUGUCGUCGUUGUUGUGAAUCGGUUUUUCAUCAGAGUUUUCGGUCGAUUCGAUCGAUUGCGAUCGGAUAAAGUGAUGCCGGGAAGGAAGGGGGCAUUUCGAUCAAGAGUUAGCGGCGGAGAUGCCAGCGGUUGUUCGUAUCGGCUUCUCGAUAGUGCUCCAUCAUCACGUACGAUUCAACUUGGUCACGUUCACCCUCAGGCGCCAGGUCAUCGCACCGUUUUCUGUAAUGAUCGUGAAGCAAACUAUAUCGCCAAAUAUCUGGGAAAUGCAGUAUCAACAACGAAGUACAACCUUCUGACUUUUUUGCCAAAGGGGCUGUACGAACAGUUCAGGCGGGUGGCUAACCUGUACUUCCUUGCAAUCUCAUGUUUAUCGUUUACACCUGUCAGUCCUGUUAGUCCAAUUACAAACGUAAUCCCACUAAGCAUUGUCCUUUUUGUCUCUCUUAUCAAGGAGGCAUUUGAAGAUUGGAAACGCCUUCAAAAUGAUACGACAAUAAAUAAUUCUCCUGUUGACAUGCUGCAAGACAAAAGGUGGGAGUCUGUACCCUGGAAGAUGCUGCAAGUUGGGGAUAUUAUUAGAGUGAAGCAAGAUGGAUUCUUUCCAGCAGAUCUACUUUUCCUUGCAACUACAAAUCCUGAUGGUGUUUGCUAUACUGAGACUGCAAACCUGGAUGGCGAAACAAAUCUUAAAAUCAGGAAAGCUUUGGAGAAGACGUGGGACUAUGUGAUCCCUGAGAAAGCUUCAGAAUUUAAAGGCGAAAUACAGUGUGAGAAACCAAAUAAUUCACUCUAUACCUUUACUGGGAAUUUGGUACUUCAAAAGCAAACAUUACCCCUUGGUCCAAAUCAAAUUCUGUUGCGAGGAUGCAGCCUACGUAAUACAGAGUAUAUUGUUGGGGCUGUGAUAUUUACUGGACAUGAGACCAAGGUGAUGAUGAACAGCAUGAAUGUCCCUUCUAAAAGGAGUAUGCUUGAGAGGAAACUUGACAAAGUAAUAGCUACCCUUUUUGGUGUUCUUCUUACACUGUGUUUAAUUGGGGCUAUAGGCAGUGCCAUAUUUGUGGAUGUGAGGUAUUACUACUUACAGCUUUUGAUUAAUGUGGAAUCUCAACAGUUUAAUCCAAGAAACAGAAUUAUGGUCUUCUUUUUAAGCAUCUUUACCCUGAUUACUCUGUAUUCACCAAUUAUUCCGAUUUCUCUUUAUGUUUCUAUUGAGAUGAUCAAGUUUAUUCAGUCCACCAAAUUCAUCAAUAAUGACUUGCGAAUGUACCAUUCAGAAACCAAUACCCCCGCAUUAGCACGAACAUCCAAUCUAAAUGAAGAACUUGGGCAGGUGGAGUACAUUUUUUCUGAUAAAACUGGAACUCUAACAAGAAACUUAAUGGAGUUCUUUAAGUGUUCUAUUGGUGGAGAGACAUAUGGAACUGGUAUUACCGAAAUCGAAAUGGAAGUGGCAAAGGAGAAUGGCGCAAACAAUGAGGUACAUAAACCAUCAUCCACAAAACGUGACAAGGGUUUCAAUUUUGAUGAUGCUAGGCUUAUGCGUGGUGCUUGGAGGAAUGAACCUAAUCCUGAUAUGUGCAAGGAAUUUUUCAGAUGCCUUGCUAUAUGCCAUACCGUACUCCCUGAAGGUGAAGAGACCCCAAACAAACUUCGAUAUCAAGCUGCAUCUCCUGACGAGGCUGCUUUAGUUACUGCCGCAAAGCACUUUGGCUUUUUCUUCUAUAGGCGUACGCCUACAAUGGUAUAUGUUCGUGAAUCGCAUGUUGAAAAAAUGGGGAAGGUUCAAGAUGUUUCUUAUGAAAUUCUUAAUGUCCUUGAGUUUAACAGUACUAGAAAGAGGCAGUCUGUUGUAUGUCGUUACAAAGAUGGAAGGCUUGUAUUGUACUGCAAAGGAGCUGAUUCUGUAAUCUAUGAGAGGUUGGGCAGUGGAAAUGAUGAGAUAAAAAAAAUUACCAGGGUGCAUAUGGAACAAUAUGGAGAAGCUGGAUUGCGAACUCUUUGCCUGGCUUACAAAGAUUUAAGUCACGAGAUGUAUGAAAGUUGGAAUGAGAAAUUUAUCCAGGCAAAAUCUUCUCUACGGGACCGUGAGAAGAAAUUGGAUGAGGUUUCUGAACUGAUAGAGAAGGAUCUUAACUUGAUUGGAUGCACUGCGAUAGAAGACAAGCUUCAAGAAGGGGUUCCAUCCUGCAUAGAAACUCUUUCUAAGGCUGGAAUAAAGAUCUGGGUGCUUACAGGAGACAAACUUGAAACAGCAAUAAAUAUAGCUUACGCUUGCAAGUUGAUUAACAAUGACAUGAAACAGUUUAUUAUCAGUUCAGAAACUGAUGAAAUCACAGAUGUUGAAAGCAGAGGUGACCAAGUGGAAAUUGCUCAGUUUAUAAGAGAAACAGUAAAAACUGAGUUACAAAAGUACCAUGGAGAGGCACAAAAAAUCCUUAAUGGCUCAUCGAGGCAAAAGUUAGCCCUUCUUAUAGAUGGAAAGUGUUUGAUGUAUGCCUUAGACCCAACUUUGAGGUCAAUGUUGCUCAGUUUGAGCUUGAACUGUAGCUCAGUUGUCUGUUGCCGCGUCUCUCCUUUACAAAAGGCACAGGUAACAAGACUGGUCAGAAAAGGUGCAAAUAAGAUAACACUAAGUAUAGGUGAUGGGGCAAAUGAUGUUGGAAUGAUACAAGCAGCAAAUAUUGGAGUCGGAAUAAGUGGUUUAGAAGGGAUGCAAGCAGUGAUGGCUAGUGAUUUUGCAAUUGCUCAGUUUCGUUUUCUAACAGAUCUACUCCUUGUUCAUGGACGAUGGUCGUAUCUUAGAUUAUGCAAGGUUGUUUCGUACUUCUUUUACAAGAAUCUUACCUUCACGUUGACUCAAUUUUGGUUCACGUUCCAAACUGGGUUCUCUGGUCAAAGAUUCUAUGACGAUUGGUGUCAGUCUCUAUACAAUGUCAUUUUCACCGCCCUGCCUGUUGUCAUCGUUGGACUGCUUGACAAGGAUGUGAGUGUAGAGCUCUCGAAGAAAUACCCGCAAUUAUACAAAGAGGGAGUAAAUAAUACCUUCUUCAACUGGAAAGUUGUGGGUACUUUGGCUUGCUUUUCGGUUUAUCAAUCGAUAGUCGUGUACAACUUUGCGGUCGUUUCUAGUACGUCAGGUUUAACCCCAUCGGGAUUAAUGUUGGGCCAUUGGGAUGUUAGCACAUUGGCGUUCACGUGUCUUGUGAUAACGGUCAAUUUGCGUCUUCUUAUGAUGUGUAGCACAGUUACAAGGUGGCACAACAUUAGCAUUGGAGGCAGCGUGCUAUUAUGGUUCAUAUUUAUAUUUAUAUAUGCCAUCCUUUUUAUUGACAAGGGGACCUUUUUCACCAUUUAUGUCCUAAUGAGCACCAUCUGCUUCUAUUUGAUGAUCAUUCUUCUCCCGACUGUUGCACUUUUGGGCGACUUCAUAUACGAAGGGUUUCAGAGAUGGUUAUACCCGUACGAUUAUCAGAUUGUCCAAGAAAUCCACAGGCAUGAUCCGGAUCCAGUUUGUGCUGGAUUGCUGGAUAUAGGCAACCAACAGACCCCAGAGGACGAAAGAAGGUACGCAUUUGCUAUGCUGCCAAAGGAAAAGUCAAGGCACACGGGUUUCGCAUUUGACUCACCAGGGUACGAGUCGUUUUUCGCUUCACAACAAGGAGUGGGUGCGCCCCAACGGGCUUGGGAUGUGGUUCGAAGAGCUAGCAUGAAACCUCAACCUAGAGAACAGUAGGAGUUUAUACACAAAAAGGAAAGAAAAAGAGAGCAUACUAGUCUUGAUUCAUUAAUGAAUGAAUCAUUGGUGCUUUUGGUUUUGUUGAGCUUGAUUUAUUCAUUAAUGAAUGAACUUUAGUUUCUCUAGGUUUGUAGCCUACAACCAAGAAAGGUUGAUUAGACGGACAAAUUACUUGUAUGCAUAUAGAGGUGCUAAAAAACCUGAUCAAUUCAA